AGAUGACCUGGAAGCCGUGAAUUGCCGUGCCAAAGCCUGCGUGGACCACUGGACGGGACUUGUGUAGUGACUCGUUAAGAAGAAGCAGAGAGAAGCAUAGAUUUUCAUUUUUAUCCGUGGUAUUGUUUUCUGUACGAUGUUUUUUUUUAAGGAAAUAUUUUUAUAACCAUAUAUUCGAUCAUAUGUUUUGUAUCUCAAAGGAAAGUGUGAUACAGCCGAUACUAGACGUUACACUGAUCUCACCUGCUUUCGUACAAGUGAUACAUAUAGGACGUGGGGGGACUCAUUUGACUUCUGCUAUGAUAACGGGGAGCUACUUGUCACGGUAAAAAAUCUUGACAUGCAGAACUUUAUUGCCCAAUUAACCGAAGAAAACCUUCGCAGUCCUGGCUGGGUCUGGAUCGGUGCAAGGGAAGGUCUAGACUGGAAAUGGAGACAAAGUGACACAUACAUCGAUCGCUUCUUUUGGGAGAUAGCAUACCCUGAUCAAAGCUCGGGAGAUUGCAUCGGAUUAUCAUAUCAGAGUAACUCAGGGGAAUUCGCAUGGAGUCCUAGGUCACCAGGAGACGAGAUUGGUUUGCUAUGCCAAUAUAAUCAAUCUUGUCAGAGUGUUGGUCUUAACCAAUCCGACAUGGUACUAGAAUACAUGGGCACCUGUUUCCAAUUCCUGGAUGUUUCGAAGAACUGUGAUGACGGGGCUGAAGAGUGUAAUGAGAGAGGAGGAUUUCUGGCUGAAAUACUCGAUGAUAGCACUAAUGCUUUAUUGCUGGACCGAGCCCUGUAUCUGAGAGACCUAGGCGUAAACACGGCAUGGUGGAUUGGUGGUUAUGACGUAGGCGUCGGACGGUCCUGGUAUUGGUCGGAUAAAACUCGAAUGAACUAUGAGGAAUGGAGCGAUAACGAACCUAAUAAUAAUAACGAAGACUGUGUUGAAAUGCAAAGGGAACGUCAGUACCAAUGGAAUGACCAAACUUGUUCAGUGCGAAGUCGGACUCUAUGUCAAAUUGGAAUUCCUGCCUGCGGUGACCCAGGUGAACCUUUGCAUGGUAAUCGUUUACCAGACGAUAGAACAACUUACUCUGUCGAUGCUACUCUUCAAUUCACCUGUCAGGAGGGCUAUACAUUAUCUGGAGAAAGCAUUUUAAGGUGUAUGAAUGAUGGAGCAUGGAAUCAUCAAAGACCAUCAUGUGAAGCUGUCGAGUGUGAGGGAAGCCCACCAGAGGUCGCCCUUGCAUCCACCAUGAUACUAGGAUCAGUGUAUCAAGAUAUAGCUCUAUACACCUGUCAAGUUAGUUAUAUUCCUGAUAGUGAACCAAUUAGCUUCUGUCAGCAUAUAGGCACAUGGAGUACACCUAACUUGACAUGUAAAGAACGCCAAUUAUGUUGGAACGCCACGGUGGAAACUGUAUUCGGACAGGCCAGACUUCCGAUGACUGAUGUAGGAAUCGUAAUCGACUCGGAAGAAUUGUGCCCAGAUGUAGAUUCUGAAGGCCUUGCAGCACCAAUUAUUAGAGCUGUUUGCCAAGUUUCUAGUGACGGCGAAACUUAUUGGAACUCCAGUAUAAGAUGUCAAGAGAAUAUCACUCGAGAAUUAAGGAGAAUAUUGAUGGCAAGUUACAUCUUGAUUACUUUGGAUGCUCUUCCAGUUGUUAUGAAGAGGUAGACCGCGGCGUAGACC